AUGUCGCUCGGCCACAACGCCUGGCCCCCGGGCAACAUUCGGCCUCCGGAUGACCUCCAGGACUCUCCUCGCCCUGUCAAUGGCUUGGUAAAGACUUUAUCGGGCUCCCGGACGCCUCAAAUACGCAGCUCUGUCGGCGCCGAAGGGCAGAACCCGAACUCGACAUCGGAAGCUGAUCUCGUGCCCGAAGAAGACCCGCGCAUAGCCCAAUUCCGCGAAUUGUAUCGCCGGAGCGAGGCGAAAAUAAGUCUGCUGUUUUCUGGACAACUGGUGGACGAAGAUGCAGCAGGAGGUCUGAUUGCUGGGGAAGGAGAUCCACACGAGGCUCACACCUCACGCGUCGAAGAUGCUCCACCACCCCCGACAGCACCGCGCAAGUCGGCGCGAAAGCUCGACGACGACGACUAUGACGACUAUGACGAAGAUGAAGAUAUGGAGGACGCUACCGAAUCUCCGAAGACCAAGGUCGCCGCUCCGCAGGAUCCUAGUGGCACUGCGCCAUCGGCUCACCAUCCCAGUGUAUCAUCAUCUACCGGCGCAGAUGAGACCAAAGAGGUCAAAAAGGAAACCACGGAGGAUCUUCGGAAACAACUCGAAGAAGACAAGAAGGCCACCGAGGAGGCUGCUAGAAGAAGCUUCCACACUCUUUUCUACACGCUCGAGAAUGAUCGAGAUGCGAUGCUUGAUCAGCAGCGCUUGGAAGAAUCGGAAAGACAAGUCGAGGCCGAGAUCUCCGGACAAGCCAACAUCAGCGGCAACAAUGCUCAAGGCGCCGCGAAUGGUUAUAGCUCCUUGAGCAAUACAAACCUGGGAGCGUCUAGCUUGACAUUGAAGAACCUCAUUGCAAGAAUCGACAAGAAGCGCGACAGGGUGCAGGCAUCAGACGCCGAGCUACGCAGCUUGCUGAGUGAGGUUCGGAAAAACCGCAGCAAAUGGGCGAAUGAAGAUAAAGUCGGCCAGGAGGAAUUGUAUGAAGCCUGCGAGAAAGUUCUCAGCGAGCUCAAAGCCAUGACUGAGCACUCCACUGCCUUUUUGACUCGUGUUAACAAACGAGAUGCGCCCGAUUAUCACACUGUUAUUAAACACCCAAUGGAUCUUGGUUCGAUGACGAAAAAGCUGAAAGGAUUGGCAUACAAGUCCAAGCAGGACUUUGUUGACGACCUCACCCUCAUCUGGGCCAACUGCCUCAAAUACAAUACAAACUCGGAUCAUCCUCUUCGAAAGCAUGCGCUCUAUAUGCGCAAGGAAACAGAGAAGCUCGUUCCUCUCAUCCCUGACAUUAUCAUUAGGGACCGAGCUGAAGUUGAAGCCGAGGAACGUCGACUCCAGCUUGCAGAACUCGAUGGUGCCGAAGAGAGUGACGAGGAGCCUAUCAUGGCGUCCCGGGGAAGGAAGGCUCCUGGAAAGAAGUCUUCAAAGAAGGGCACCGCGCCGUCCCGCAACACCCCUAGCGGCUCCGAGGGCCCUGCUGGAGCCCCAAGCACCCAACCGCCUCCACCAGCGCGGGCAGACUCAGACGCUGCUGGGGAAGCUACUCAAAAUGGAUUCGCCACACCUCCUCCUGGCUCGCACACACCUUCUGACCCUGCUGGCAUGGCGGCACUUGCUAUGGGGAGCCAGGAUGAAUCUAUGGAUAUUGAUGGCCCUACUACACUGGCACCUGUUCUCAGUGCGCUGUCGGUCCCCGGAGGUGUAGAGCUGGAAGAUCCAGAAUACAAAGUAUGGAAGCAAGUGACCAAGAAAGACCGUGCGCUCAUCGCGGCCGAUCGGCACCGCCUCCUCAGAGGAGACAAGCUCAACUCCGAAGAGCCGGCCCUGAUCAGAACGAAGGCUGGAAUGCGUCGGUCUCGCGACGGGGGUUCUCAUGCUAUGGAGCCCGAGGUCGCAAGCGAAACGCUGGCAGAGGGAAUCGAGGUCGAUGAAGAUCAGAUGGUUCCAUUCUAUUAUGAUGUCAUGUCUGGUGUUCCCGAUAUUCCUGACCGGCUGCUCUGGAAAGAAGAUGGGCAGGGUAAUGUGGUCGAUGCCUCUGAGGAAUUCCUGAAAAUGCUUCCAAAGGGCUCUUUCACUCAACCUGAUAGCAAGCUGACCCAGAAGAUGAACGCGAACAUGCGGCAAAUGCAAGAUACCCGCAAAAUUUGUUCAAAAAUCGGCAUUGUCAAGCAGAUGCAGCUCCAGUCCCAGAUGUACCAGAAUCAAUUUCAAAAAUAUCAGCCCGAACCAUUUGUGGAGCAAGAUGCUGAGCCCCAUGUCUUGAAUGACAACGGCCCCGUCAUUGCCCCGUGGGCUUGUAGAGCAGCACUCCAGCGGUCAGUUGCCAAGGUUUUCUAUCAUACCGGAUUUGAAGAAUACCAGCCUUCUGCGCUUGAAGCCGUGACCGACAUUGCUGCCGAUUUCUUCCAGAAACUCGGCGCUACCAUGAAAUCUUACAUGGAAACACCCAAGAUGCCUGCCACUGAGCACCAGGACCCUGCCUCCCCGGCGGCUGAAUGGAAAUCCGCAUACACCGAGCCAGAGAUAAUCCUGCACACUUUGUCUUCUGUGGGCGUUCAUCUCGACGAAUUGGAACUUUACAUCAAGGAUGACGUUGAUCGUUUGGGAAGUAAGCUCACAGCAGCUCAUAGUCGUCUCAAGUCACUCCUCACCGAACUUCUUCGGCCUGCCCUCGAAGGCGGCGAAGACGGUUCAAAUGCAUUCAAGGAUGGCAGCGAACAAUUUGUGGGAGGUGACUUUGCGGAAGACAUUGACGAGGACUUCUUCGGUUUCAAGGAACUAGGGUUAGACCGAGAAUUUGGUCUAUCCACCCUCAGUGUCCCGUUGCAUCUGCUCCAAAACCGGAUGUUCAACGCGGCCAAUCCGCAAAACACCACUGUCUCGCAGUCGGUUACCCUGUUCGCUCCUCCGCCUCCAUAUGCCCGCAUUUCAGCAGACAACGCAUCCAACCAAAUUGGGCUGUUGCACAACUUCUUCAAGGGCAAGCUGAACACCAGUCGCAAUGAGCCUCUUGUUGAGGAUCUCGAAUUGCCACCCAAACAGAGGCCUAUGGCCGCUAAGACGCGUCUUCCACCCUCUGGCAAGAUUCCUCAGCAUGGCCUCGCCGGUCCGACAUCCAGCCCUCAGAAACGAGCUGCCCCACCCGCGGCCUCCAAGACUACCACUACUACAGAACCAAGCAAAAAGAAAGCCAAGAAGAACAGCGGAAUUCCUGAUAUGCCCAACUUUAAUGCUGACGGCGAGGGGGAUAAAGCCACUGGAGAUCCAUCCGUCAGCGCCAAUGCGCAAGUCGACGGACCCGUUGACGGUGCUGACACCGCGGCUCAGGAAACCUGA